UUUCAAAAGAUCGCCCUUCUCCUUUUGAAAUUAAAAAAGUAUUAUUUAUUUUUUAAGAAUCUGUACCCUACAGUUUGAUCUACUGCUCUCCAUCCACAAAGUGCAUAUUUUCACACUGCUCAAAUACGAGUUCGGCUCUUCUAUGUUAAAUUAAUUUCGCACAAUAUUGGUCAACUGCGGGCAAUUAAGCCCAUUGUGCGGCAUUUCAAAUAGAUUUGCCUUCCGAAGGUAAUAAUCGAUAGAAAGCUACUUUCGAUACAACUAGAAAUAUGAACACACAGCUCCGAUUCCACCCCAUGAGCAUCCAAAUUCUCACACUUUUGUUUUUCGGUCGAGUGCCGUGCUCGUAAAGAAAGCCGCACUGAAGGGCCCAGCAGGAAGUGUUGUAAUUCGCACUUUACCAGACUCACCAAUGCCACACACACAAAAAUGUGGCUAUCAUGUCGUAUACUUGAUUUUGAAGGGGACAGUGGUGAAGGGGCUGGAAGGCAAUAUCUACGCACAACGUUCUGCUGAGCUUGCCUUGGUUUUAAUUGUGGCUGGUGUAGUUGUUGCCGGCCACAUAACUGAAAAAUAUAUGCAGGAUACGAAACGGUUUAUGUGCCAUUAUAGGGCAGAUAUCCCACUCCCUUACCAUUUGUGUGUGGGCGAUGGAUUUUAUGAGCCCAGCCGAGCUCUCGAAUGCUAGUUAUGUAAUCUGCCCAAAAUAUUCGCCUGCAAUUAAAAACAUUUUCAAGUCGUUUAUUCUCGCUCCGGAGAGGAGUCGAACAUACGGGGAAGGGACUCAACAGAAGGCUCGUAAAACCGACUUUUUGGCAAUGUCUAACCAAUUUUGUGGAUUUGGGUUUAUGCAUUUAUUGGAAUUUUUAUGGCCCACUUUUAUAGCCUCUGCAGGAAUGAGGAAUCGAGAGCGAUGGGGAAAAUUGGUUUAUGAAUAUUAAAAACAAUUUCAGGCGAAAAUUGGUGUAGUUAAUUCUGAGAUAAGUUCUGGAUUUGGAUUCUAAUUAAUUGGAGUAAGAGACAAAGGGAUUUUCCAAGGCAAGCAGGUUUCAGGGGCCAAAGUCAAAUCAAUUAUGGGAAAUCUUAUCCAGCAAAUACUGCCCAACCAAUAUGAGUUUAAAAUACUUUGCCUAUGUAAACUAAUCGAUUUCGGCAGAAGGCCGAAUCAAAAUAUUUCUUGCUGGAAGGGCUAAUUCCUGAAACCUCGUCAAUAGCAACAGUUUCAAAUUAAUUAAUAAAAUUUUUGUUCCAAGUGGGUCUAGCAAACAAACAAACAACAAACUGCAAAUAAAGGCCGAACUCGCCCAUGCCCGCCGGUUGAGAAAGACUUGGUUCGGAACGGAAUGUUGGUCAAGAAGUUGCGUGUGCCAAGGCACGUGUGUGGUCCUGCCUUUCCCAGAAAUUUGCUCCAACAUUCAACCACCUUACAAACUGUUUGGAAGCCAAACCAAACAACAAAUACUUCAAUAAACGAAAUUAAAUAUUUGUGCAUGGAAUGAAACAUUUUCUCAGGAUCCGAGGCGGGCAACAACAGAGGGAAAUUGGAAAAGAAUUGAACACUUUAUGCCUCGCAUCGGCAACAAAUUAAAUAAUUGCUGCAAAAAGUUUGCCAUCUGCAAAUAUUUCUGCAAACAAACGAAAAUAAACCAUUGCUUUUCUCUCGAAGCUUCUAUGGUAUUGUUCGAAAUUCUGGCAAAACGUUGGCUUUUUGUUAAUUUACUAAGCGUUUCCUAUUCGUCAGUAUUAGCUCGAACCUCUGCCCAUGCCCAACAUUUGUCAAAUAUUUUGUUUGCCAAAUUGUUUAACUUUUGACCCGAGCCGUCUGUCUUCCUCAUAGGUUCCUGCGUAAUUAGACUUUAAUUGGGCAAUUGUAACCGUCUCAGGCGGCUUUUUCAGCCGGGGUGUCCUUCUCCCGCGUUUUUGGCCGAGUUGUGCCGCGGGCCCAGAGCCAACACCUUUUUGAUGUCUCACCAUGGGCGAAGGCGGCGUCUCGGCGCUGAAUCAAACUAAUUAGGCGCAAACUUAAUUAAUAUUUGAUGAAUUAUUUGACCUUUUGUCUGAUUACCAUGACGGCUCCCAAAGAGCUGCCAGCGCGGCCAAACCGCUCCAGAGCUCAGGCCUUAAGUGGCCCUCGUCGUUUGCCUGGCGACAGACAGAAAUAUAAAGAUAACUUUUUAGGAUUUUCCGAAAUUGAGCUUCAUUUGGUUGAGAGGGAAAGCAUUUGAUAAACUUGUCGCUAGGCAGGUGCCGCCGCAAAAAGGACUGGCAUUAUGCCUACCGGUGGAGAGGGAGAUUCAAGUCAUAAAAUGGUGAGGUGAGACGAGGCGCAAAAGUUUUUCUAAUGUUUAUUGGCGAAACUUUUUCAUUUUUUACAACUUUUACAAAAGUUUGCGCCGAACUUCCCCACCUUCCCCGGUUGCAUUCUGCCAUUUCUGUUGUUGCCUAGACCCGUCUCUGGUCAUUUUAAAGUUUAAAUUAUACCAGGGGGAGAGUCCAGGUCUGAGUGGUCUGGAAUCCAACGAUUGUCAGCACAUUAGGCCUACCAAGUUGGCGGCAGGGUAGCGGGAAGGGAAGCCUUACUUUGAAUUAAACUUUUAUCGCAUCAAUUCCGAGAGUUUUUCCCGCGUUUCCCUGGCAAAGUUUCAUUGUUGGAGAAUUUUCAGAUAUUAAUUCCUUUAUUUAAAUUCGCCCUAGUCCCCGAGAUAAUGCAAAUAAACGCGAUUGUACUCACCCGAGGGGGAUAGGUGCCACUUACCUGUAAGAGAGAGAAUAAAAAUGGAAAUUACUUGAAAAUUCAAAACCAUGGUAACAAUAGAAGCAUUUUAGGAUUCCUAUGACUAGUGCUUUUCUCCUUUUAAGUCAGCAAUUUGGUAAGGUCCCAAACCGACUCAGUCAGUAGCCCUAUUGAUCCCGUCCGAGUCAGACAGAGCUAAAGUAUAUUUUUCACAGAAGCAUAAUGGUUUACAUGCCAGCUCUUAACUUGCUCCUUUACAACGGUCUUGUGGUGUACAUGGCCAGGAAAGUACAACGCAUUAUCAAAGUUCCAUCAGCCAAUGCGAGUCGUUGGCGCCGGAUCCCCUUAAUCGGCAGAAUUGGAUCUCAGCCACCGGAUACCUUGAAUGAUGGGGUAGAGUUCGACGACGUCCUGUGGAACGUAAACCUGCACGUGAACUUCCUGCUCCUUCUGCCGGCCCUCUUCCAGAUCCACAACUUUGGCCUGCUGGUGGCCCUGAUUCUCAUGUGGAACUUCUACGUUUACCAGCGCCUAUUUGAUUUCUACCUGAAGCUAGUGUGGCACCUGUGGUGGAGCGACCUUUGCUGGGAAUACUACGUGCCCCUGGUCCUUUUUGGACUUGUUAUGAACACUCUACACUUGGGCCUGAUCGUCGGCACAAUGAAGUUGCAGACGAAGCGCCCCGAAGAUCCCCAGACCCAGUCGGAGCCCGAAAUCCAGUCGCAUUCCCGUUCUCAGCCAGAACUGGAGGACUCAGUGACGAUUGGCGAUGGCCCGGAACGUUAGGAUUUUAGAAAAUAUAAAGCCGAACGCCGAAGCUCAGGUUCAGCCGCCUUUAACUGGGUCGCCAUCAGUCAGGGGCUUAACCUUGCGGCAUCUACAAAUACUGGGUCGUUGGUUCAACUAAUAAAUAUGCCAGAAAACACCAGGCACACAGAUACCCGGCACGCACACACCCGCACACCAGGACAUGUACAAAUGAAUCGCAGCUGAGGGCUGGCCGAGCUUCGGGAAAUAAAACCAUUAAAUAUUUGCGGUUAAACGCACCAAAAACAAACCGCAAAAGUAAAUCAUAUCCAGAGCAGACAUUGGACAUGGCCAAGCAUCCAAGGCAAGGAAUUUCCCUGCCUCACCCGUCCGCCGCCUGGCACUCGUACGCAAAAAUAUUAGAUUAGAAAUUAGGAAGCCAUGGACAUGGUCUUGGAUCGGUUGUGGGAUUGGGCAGGCAGCAGACCAGAACGCCAUUUACUUGGGGAUGGGAUGCCUGGGCAGGAAACUGGUUACCAACGGCCUGCCAAAAAUUCCAAAUGGUCCAUGGUCGAGGAGCAUAAAUCAUUGAAACUGACAUUUCACUGGAUUUGUAUGUGUAUGCUAAAGGUUCGGCCACUUCGAAGGGAGACAUUUGCGUAAGAUAUCCGUCGAUUUUCUCAAGGAUAUACGCCCCUUCCGACGAAAAACUGGGUCCCGGGGUGCACUCGAUUAGUUCUCCGGAACUAGUUCCCCAAAGAUUCGGGCAAAAACCUAACUUAUAAAUCAUUUUGGUAUAGAAUGUGAGCUACGCUGAGGGAAAUCGUCAGACCGAAGUGGAGACUCCAUACCCCAUAGUCUUAAGCACAAACUAAGCUAACUAAACGAAAAAUGUCGUUUCCACUUCGGGUUCAGUGAGAGCAUGGGUCGGUCAAGGGAACUUUAAAACACUGAACACCUAUAAUGUGCAGUAAUCCUUAUAUGUUAUGAAAAAUACUUUUAAAAGCAAUAUUGCCCUAAAUUCAUUUUGUAUAAUUUUUCGUGACAUAUGAAGAAUGCGAUGGGAAUGGUAAACUUUUAAUAAGUUUGACUAUUAGACUAAGUUUAUAAUCUUACCGGGCCGAAGGACUUUAGCCUCCAGCACCCCUUCUUUUCAAGUUU